AUGCCAGUACAAACCAGUCCGCCGUCCUUCCCGGACUCAUUCCCGUCUUUCAUGUCCGUCUUUGGGGGUCCCUUGCCAUACAAAGACGAUCCCAUUCACUUCCAAUAUCCAACCCAUGUCCCUGUCAACACACGAGCUCUUCCUUCCCCACAUCGCGAGAGUGUUUCAUCCAUGACCUCGGCCUCAACCGAGUCCUCCCCGACUACCACCAGCUCGCCCUUUGAUUCGCCCGGUGGGGGUGAUAUCUCCCCGAGUUCCUCUCCGGAAUCCCCCUCAGCCAUGUCUGUCUCUUACCCAAAGUUCAUGCCAAAUCGCCAGGAGUUCGCAUGCCCACCUGCUCCCGACUUGCCAUUGUCUCAUAACACGCGUCCCGACUCGCCCAAUCGACGGGCGCGUAACCUCAAGAACCUGUCCUUGCGAAUGCCGCCACCUUCACAAUCGCGCCCUCCCAUAGCCACCGCGUCGGUCCUGGAAACGACAUCAAAACACCACUUUGAUGCCCCAGCGUCUCCAAUUGCGAUUCCUCCCAAGACUUCCAGGCGACGCCCCGCCAAUCUCACCAUCCAAACCCCCACAUUCAACAAGUCCUUCGCCGAUGAUGCCGUGCCGCCAACUCCCUCUUUGCGACAUGCAGAGUCAUCCCCUGCUCUUGCUUCCAUCACAUCGCCCUCGUUUGCGCCAAAGGGAGGCAUGCAACUCCCACGACCGAUGUCGCAUCAUGGCAGCCGCCGUCUAUCUGGGAUCUCGCCCGAAGUAUCAACCUCUCUCAACACAUCAACCAACGACAAUGCACCCGGAUUCUCGUAUCGUGUUCUCGACGGUCUAGCCGAAGAAGAUGACCGCCUUGACUCGCGCGAGUCGACCAAAAAGAAGGAGCGCGGGUAUCCCGAUGGCCCCAUUCGCAUUCACGACUCUGGAGUCUAUCUCUACUUAGAACCGACGGCAGAAGAAGCCGCCAAGUUUGAUGUGGUAAUUAACGUCGCCAAAGAAGUAGCAAACCCUUUCAGUGCUACCAAGGAUGAGAAGAACGAUACGGUGAUGAGCACAUGGCGAAACAGCUCCAUGGCCUCGAAACGCUUUUCCCGUGGUGAUCCCCAGACUGCAAUCUCUGAGAUGUCAUUCAAGUCUGCUUGGGAGUUCCAGCCCUCGGACUCCGAAUCUGGCACCCCCACGGUUUCCACCCCCGCAGACUCAACACCGGAAUAUCUUCAUGUGGCUUGGGAUCACAACUCGGAAAUUCUGGAUGAUCUGCUCCCGCUAUGUGAGCUCAUUGAUGACCGCAUCGCCGAUGGAAAGAAGGUACUUGUGCAUUGUCAACUCGGUGCCAGUCGCUCGGCCUCCCUGGUUAUCGCCUACGGUCUGUACAAACACAGACAUCUCGACUUCAACUCGAUGUAUGAAGCAGUCAAGGGUCGUAGCCAGUGGGUCGGCCCUAACAUGAGCCUCAUCUACCAGCUCACGGACUUCCGCUCAAAACUUCUCCGCGGAUCCACCGCCAAACCUCCUCCCCAGGAGUGGUUCGUGCAAACCGGCCGCCGAUGCUCAGAGCCUCAGGUUGCCAACGCUGAGCGACCCCCAACUCGUGAAUCUAGCAAACGCGGCCUCAACCAAGCACCCUCCAUGAGUUGUCUUUCGAUUCCAGAGCGAACCUCUAUGCGUCCAACCACCAGCGACAGCAGCUACACCAAGUUCAAAUCCUACUCCCCCAAGCGGAGUCUUUCCCCACGCCCCCUCCCAUUCCGACAAAAAUUCCAAUCCGUCGAACCGGUCCCAGGCCGGUCGCGAGGCAUUCCUCGUAGCGUCAGCAGCUGCGACCCCCUCGUUCAGACCCACGUCUUUGUCCGUGACACACCUGAUGCAGGUGGUCUCUUCUCACCCCGGACAAACGAGUUCUUCUCCCCAGCGCCUCUGGCGCCCCCGACCUUCCACCGGAUCGACCGCUCUGCGGCGCUCUCUCCACCUCCGGCCCAACGGUUUGCUGCCGAACCAGCAGACCCUCGGUCCCCGCCCUCUGUUGGUGAGCCCCUGUUCAUGAGAUCCAUCGACGAGUUCUUGUGA